AUGGUGGAGGAACUCAAGAGGCAGAUGUCGAAUUUUUUCCCCCUGGUUGAAGAAGGUUUUGCGUCCAUAGAAACCGCGGCCCCGUUGACGCCGCAUCUCGAUCAGGGGAUGAGCCUUUUCAGUCCGUUUGAUGUGACUUUUGGAGAGCCGUUGCGAGACGCAGAGACUCGUGCGGCCCGCUUGAAAAUGGGCCCCCGCCAGUCUCCGCUAGCGUCGAAAUUAGAGUCUACCGCUGCUUCUUCAGAGACUCUAGAGACGAACGCUCUCGUUUCGCAUCUUGGAUCGAAACCUCGGCCACAGAACACUGUGAGCUCCAUGCAAAGAAAGGCUUUUCCUGCUGGGCUAGCCCAACUCAGAGAUCCGUUUGACCCUUUCGACAAUGCGCAGUUUGUUCAAGGAAACACCCGCCAAAAUGGUUUUGACCAGAAGGCACCAGGAGCGCACGAUCCGAGUCAUCCGCCGAGGGAAACCUUUCCAAAGAGGGAAAAUCUCUUAGAUCUAAAAGGUCUUGAGUUGAACCGGCUAAAAGGUCCGUUUGAGCCAAUAGGAACGCUCGAUUCUGAUCUUGCGUUCCAGCAAAAACGUCUCCUCGAUACGGAAAUUCCCUUCGAAAUCAAGUCAAACGGUCUUUUCAAAGCUCUUAAUGGUCCAUCGCGCAAGAAGUCCUUUGAAACAGAGCCAUUUGGCCAACAGUUUGAGAGUUCUCUCGACACGAAUCCCUUCAAACCAGAAGUAUUCCCCUUACGCUCCAGCACCCUAGCGGAUCCGCUUCUGUCUGGCCCGAAAACCGACGCAGCAAGAAAUGAUGAGUUAGAAAUAAAUUUGGAUAGGCAACUUGAGAGGCAGUUGGAGGAACAGCUCGAUGAGCAGUUUGACAAACCGGCGGAAGGGCAGUUUGAGCACAAAAAAGCAAACGAGCUGACGCUUUCAAAUCAUCUGGCCCAGCCCUCUUUUCUGUCGUCCUUUCUGGCCGUCCUGGCACUGACUCCCUUUCUGGCGCUGAUUUUGUCCCCCCAUAGCUUUUCGCUGAACAUGUUCCAAUCUCCUGUGCCAGGGCCACUUGCGGAACGAGUCGAUUUAUCGCAGCAGCUUGACCAUCUUCACUUGGCUUUCGAGGCUUUAGACGGCCUGCCACUACGGUCCAUAUGGAGCACCCCGCGUCUGGAAAAAACCGAUAAGGCUAUUGAUACCCCAAGAAAGAAUAUUUACUCGGAGAGAGUGCAUAAACCCAUCUUUGUUCCAGAACGAGAGGACAAAGCAAGAGAACGGAAAGGAGAGAAGGGAAAGGAAAGAGAGAGGGAGAGGGCGAGGGAGCGAGAAUCCGAACCGGCCGAGUCCAACAGCAAGAAAGGAGAUGCUAGGAAAGGCGACAAGCAACCCAAAAGAAACAAACGGACACUGAGCGUUAUUUCCACCACAACCACAACGAGGAUGGCCACGCCUUCUGUCUCCUCUACCUGUUCACCGCGCUCUGUGUUUUGUACAUCGUUUGUUUCUUCCACACCUUCCACGUAUUGUAUUCCUUCUACAACAUCGUCUGCUGCAUCUUCUACUGCAACGCUAUCAGCAUCUUCUGCCGAAGCGCCUUCAAGUGCUACUUCCUCCUCUUCGUCCUUCUCUUCUUCUUCGUCUUCGUUCUCUUCUUCUUCCACAUCCACAUCCACGCUAACGCCCACGCCCUCAAGCAAAAUAUUAUCAGCCGGCAAAGCGCUGGCAAAAGCUGUGGCAACGGAGCAUCCUAUUGUCGUCAAUUUUUCUGGCUGCCGGCCGGCCAUUUCAGACGUACCGCUUCAUUCCGACUGCAGUCGUGUUGUGCUUGCACGUUUGCAGACGAAAGACCGCCCAGAAAACUACUGUUCUACGUUCUACCGCCGCAAUCGUCACGGCUACAUGUUCAUUCGCGAAACAUCAAAUGCCCUCAAAGUCAACAGCAACGGGCCCAAGUCUUGGGUCACACUCCGUGUACGCAUGGGUCGUGAGGCUCAUAAAGUCAAGGUGGAUGUUCGGCGAUUGCCGGUGUGGAAGCCAAUAAACUUGAAUCCACCAGCGGGCCGAUCCAGAAAGAAAGCACGCCAAUAG